AUGGCAGGCCUGGGGCGGCCGGGCCUGGCGCCCCGCGCCACGAUGCCCGCCUGGAAGCGAGAGAUCCUGGAGCGGAAGCGGGCCAAGCUGACCCCGUUCAUGCGGCUCGAGUCGGAGCGGCGGCACGGGGCGCGGCGCGGCGGGGGCGCCGGCGCGGCGGGGCCGGGGACGCGGCCCGCGCAACAUCUGCUGGAGCUGUACCGCUGCGUGCCCGGCGUGCGCACCAUCCGCGCCGACAACAUCCUCAUUAUCGAGUCGGCGCCCGGCUUCCCUCCCUCUCCCGUCCCCGGCCCCGGACCGGGCCCGGCCGCCCGCAUCCGCGCCGCCGAGGUGCUCGUGUACGAGGCGCCGCCGCCUCCCGGCCGCGUUAGCCGCCUGCUCCAGAAGUUCGACCCGCCGGCCGCGCCGCGCCGCCGUGGGAGCCCGGAGCGCGGCCGCCCGGUGCCGCCGCCCUCCCCGGGUCCGGCCCUGGUCCCGCGCGUGGGCGAGCGCGCCGCCUGCUUCCAGCCCGAGCCCGAGCGCUGCGGCGCAGGCCCCGGCCCCGGGCCCCGGCGCAGCGACUUCCUGCACAAGACCGGCAGCAACUCCUUCACUGUCCAUCCACGGGGCCUGCGCCUCAGCGCGGGCACUCGCCCACUCCCCAACGGGCCCGCGGCCCCCGAGCGCCGGGCUGGCGCUGCCAACGGCCUCACGGGCUCCACGCCUGGGCCGGGCGAGUGGAAGCCAAAGGUGGAGUCGGGGGAGACCCCCGCCCACCCUCUCCCCAGCCCCGGAACCCCCAGUGCCACUCCAGCCGCGCCCCCGGCAUUGCCCACGCUCAGCCCUGCUAGUGCCACUCCCAGCCAGCGCCAGUGGGUCUCCGCGGCCACCAGCGCCAACGACUCCUUCGAGAUACUGCCGGCCUCUAAGCCAGACAUGGACACGAUCCCUGCCGGGGACCUCCAGGCCCGGGCUCUGGCCAGCCUUCGCAUGAACUCUCGAAACUCUUUCGUGUUCAUCCCCAAGCGCAAGACCUCCGGGGCCCCUCCUGCGGAAGGGAGGCAGUCCGUGGAGACUCCAGAGGGAGAAGUUGGCUGGGCCUCCCAGCACCAGGAGCGUGAAGCCCAGCAGGUGCCUGGAGCAGAUGGUGUGUUUGCCGGUGGGAGGAGCCCCUCGGGGGUCGAGGAGGGAGGCUGCCCCAUGCCAGGCACUGCCCUCGUGGACUGGACCGUUAGGUGGCAGAGGCUGUCCUCACCACCCCCAUCCCCACUGGUCGCCACUGAAGCUGAGCCUGCCCAGGGCUUUGGGGUUCCUGGCUUGACCAAGAAUGGCAGGGAGCCUGGUAGGCCAGGGCUGCCUGUCACCUUCAUUGAUGAGGUGGACUCUGAGGACGAGGUUCCCCAAGAAGCCAAACUGCCCUGCCCCGGGGCUGGUGCGCCUCCCCAGUACCACCCGCAUCCCACCGGGCCUGGGCACCUGUCAGAGCUUCAGCACCGAGGUGGCAACACCUUCACGGUGGUGCCCAAGAGGAAGCCAGGGGCCCUGCAGGCCAAUGGGGAGGCCAGGCCGAGGGAAGCUGAGGAAGAGGGGCCGGGCAGCCUUUCGGAGCCCCCUGCUGCCUUGGGGGCCUCAGUAAAGAAGCGCUACCCCACUGUGCAUGAGAUCGAGGUGAUUGGCGGCUACCUGGCCCUGCAGAAGUCCUGCCUCACCAAGGCCGGCUCUUCGAGAAAGAAGAUGAAGAUCUCCUUCAACGACAGGAGUCUGCAGACUACGUUUGAGUACCCCCCCGAGAGCUCCCUGCAGGAGGAAGACACAGAGGCUGAGAAGGGGAGAGACGAGGAGCGCGGGGAGGGGGAGGGGGAGGGGGAGGCGUCCGGCUCAGACGCGGCGGCGGCGAAGGCGGAGAAGCCCUUCGCGCUCUUCCUGCCCCGAGCCACGUUCGUGAACAGCGUGGGCCCCGAGAGCCCUCGGCUGCCGGACGGCAGCUCCGGCCUGUCCAGCUACACUCCGAAGCACUCCAUGGCCUUCAGCAAGUGGCAGGAGCGGGCGCUGGAGCAUGUGCCGAGCACGGAGGAGCCCCCGUCCAAGGAGGUCAUGCUCACCCCUGCUGGUCAGAAUGACCUCGCGGACUUCCGAAGCGAGCCAGCCCUCUACUUCUGA